UAGAGUACCACACAGACAAGUACAGUAUAGCUUUAUUCCUGUCUCAAAAUGGCGAAGGCAAACGUGUGUUUCAAAAAUAUUUUCAUCUUUUUCAACACCUUCUUUGCGGUCGUGGGUGUUGUACUAAUCGCUCUGACUGCGCUCGGUCAGUUGAAUUCCUACGAACAGCUUCAAAAUAGGAUGACCGGAAUCGUCAUCAUGUAUAUUGUUGGCUUCGCUAUGGUAGCACUUGCAUCUCUUGGGGCAUAUGGUGCUCAGAAAAACAGCAGAUGUUGUUUGAUUGUGUUUCUCAUCUGUAUGGGAAUUGGAACUGGUCUCCUUCUGAGAGCCGCCGUUCCUGUUGCCCUCGCACACUCAGAGGUACUGUCCCAGGUGGAGGGAGGUCUUAGGCGCACAGUGCCCUUGGACGAAGCUCCUGCAGAUAAUCAGUGGCUAGCCGAGGAAGUCCAGCAGAGGUGGAAUUGCUGUGGAGUCUUCACAGGUUACCAGGACUGGGGCCAGAAAAUCCCUGACUCUUGCCUCUGCACAGCUACGGACGAGCUAGAGGACAACAAAUGUGUGGAGACUUCAAGCACAAGCAGCUCAUGGAUGGAAUUUGAGGAAAGGAGAUACUUAGAUGAGCGAAGCAGGAAGUUGGUGUACUCUCAACCAUGUGGCCCAAAAUUCAUGGAAUAUGUGGAAACAGUUUAUAACAUUAUGUUGGGCAUACUCUUUGGAUUAGCUGCGCUUGCGCUACUGGGAGCUAUAAUGUCCUUUGUCCUGAUUGUCCAGAUGAGAGCUCCUGUGAUCACUACUCCACCCAUCUUCAUGGUGAAUUCUCAGCCACCCAAGUACAGUGAGCUCUUCAACCAGGACUAAAACUUUCUAAACUUGAAAUUGUAAAACACCAGCACUUAGAGGACACACUUUAUUCAGGCUUAAAAUUCUGGUGACAGUGACAUUAAUUCUGUAUGCAUCUGUAACCUGUAUGUGUUUUUGCUGAAAUUAAAUCUGUAUGUAUCUUUGAAAGGAUUUUUCAUGGGCUUUUUACGAGAUGUUUUGACUUUUCAUACUAUCAAGUUCUACUUUUUUAAUCUUAGGUGUUUUGAGGGCUUGAAACAUAUCUGUUAAAGAGCGCUGAACCUUAUUAGUGUGUUCAAGGAUAAAAACACAAAUGAGUAAAGAAGUGAUGAGUAAAACUGAUCCUUAGGAGCUUAUAUGCAGCUAACACUGCAAAACAUAGUUGAACUGCUAUCCUUGUUUCUUGUGCACUGCUGCUCUUUUGCUAAAAAAAAAAAAAA